AAGAUGCAAGUGAAUAAUUACUCGCGACGGCGCUUAUGAAUAUAGCGAUUGAUCAAGCUGGACAACCAAAUUCAAAGUCUCAAUUCAAUACAUUUGAGUAAAGCUUACAUACAAAACUGCUGCACUGAGAUUGCAAUACAAGGGUGGUCGAAUUGGCUUGAAACUGUGAGUAAAUCUUGACUCUCGUUUCACUUGUUGAUUUUCACCUUGGAUUACCCCGCCAUGAGGUUUAAUAUCAGCUUCAAGAGUGAACUCAAUUCAAGAGAUCGUAACUUCCAUGAAUGAAUUUAGGUUUUCGCUUGAACUUAAAUUAUUUUACCGUUACACACACCCUGGUGUCCUUUUUACAUUCAUUUCAAACGGUCCCCAUGGCUGAUAAACUCAACUUAGCUUCCAAGUUCUUUGGUCAAUCGCAGCCAAGAACGAUUAUAGGGGCUGUUGUAUAGUCAACGUUACAGUAUACUCACAGCAAUAAUGGGUCUCCCCCAAUAUAAGAAAGACUUCCUCAAGGCCGCCGUCGAGGGUGGCGCCCUACGAUUCGGAGCCUUUGAGCUGAAGUCGAAGCGGAUAUCUCCCUACUUCUUCAACGCUGGCGACUUCUAUACGGGAGAAUUGCACGUGCCCAUCAUGGACGCGUAUGCCCAGACCAUCGCUACCAGCGAGCUGGCCGAUGGCUUUGAUGUGAUUUUCGGCCCUGCCUAUAAGGGUAUCCCGCUAGCCGCCACGGUCUUCUACGCCCUGGCCAAGACAGACCCCGCCAAAUACCGCAAGGUCGCCUACAGCUUCGACCGCAAAGAGGCCAAGGAUCACGGCGAAGGCGGCAGCAUCGUCGGGUCGCCUCUCAAGGGCAAGAGAGUCCUCAUCAUUGACGAUGUGGUGUCGGCCGGCACGGCCAAGCGUCAAGCCAUAGACAUGAUCCGAGCGAAUGGCGGCACCGUCGUGGGCAUUGUCGUCGCCCUAGACCGUCAAGAGACCCUCCCGGAUGGCGACGGCAAGACCAGCGCCAUAGGUCAGCUACGAAAGGAGUACCAAAUCCCUAUUAUCUCUAUUGUGAAGCUAGACGAUAUUAUCAACGGCAUGCAAGGCGUCAUCUCGGAAGACGACAUCAAGAAUAUCGAGGCAUACCGUGCUAAGUUCGGAGCAAGCGAUUAGAUGAAACAAACAUAAGGAAGUAAUAAGCCGUUGGGAUGAUUAUUAUGUAGACGUACGCGGGUUUUGAUAGGGAAUUCAAAAAAACAAGAUAGACAUACGGCGAUAGAGGAUUGGUUAAACGAGGUAAAUAGAAGAAAAAAAAGAAAUUCGGAUUUCGAGAUGAAUAUACUUCAUAAAUCAAGCAUAAAUAAAAAUGCCUUCAUCCAUAGCGUUCACCGAGGCUGAUGAUGUUGAGUACCUAUACGAUGACGAGUAAAUAGUGCGGUUAAGUGCAAAUGCACUACUCAUUAUUCAGGUAGGCGGUAUAAAUCUCCAAGGAGGCUUACGAGAGCGAUUGGCGUUCUCCUUUUCUUCGUUUAGCCACCCAACCAUUCAUCCAACCAUCCAUUCAAGGAUACACCUCAUACACCUCAAAUCCCGAAACUGUCGAAAAUAUUCAAUCAGUCGCAUGACCGCAAAUUGACCGCGUUUCGGACAGU